AUGAGCAUCAUAUGUCAAGAGCCUUACGAUGUUCGACAUCGUGUAAGUCAAUUGUCUUACCUUGCUGAAAAAUUUGAAGAUAUAUAUGAAAUGAUCAUCUCCAACUUAGACCAGACCCUUAAGAAAGCUUUUGGAAUGGAAAAUCAACUGCUUGAAGGUAAUGAAAAUGAUGAAAUGAAUAUGCAUCACAAGAGUGAUGAAUCAACUUCCAUUGUUGAAGUACAAGAUUGCUCUCCCAAAGUUCCUUUGAAUAUAAAAGAUCCACAUGUAUCACAAACCAAAGGUCGAAAGAAAAGCACCGAGAAACAGGGUCAUGGUGGGAGAAUUAAAGGUGGGCUUGAAAUAUCCUUAGCUUGUGCAACUGUAAAAAGACGAUCUUGUCAACUUUGUGGGGGUUAUGGUCAUAAUCGUCGUACUUGUAAACAAUAUAAUGGCGAAGGAAGUGAUUACCAAGAUGAAGAAAACAUGACAACGGUUGAUUCCAAUAAUAUUGAUGACUUAGCAUAA